AUGGCGUCGCACACCCGCCUGGUAGCCUCUACGGCUUCCAGACUAUUCCAAAACUCGCGGCCGCUGGCCAGCUCCAGGAUAACACCGCUCGCUGCCGCCUUGAGCAUCCCAUCCACCCGCAGUUUCACACAGCUCAACUCGCAAUCCGCCUCCGCCAAUCCUACUAGCAUCUUCUCUUCCCUUGGCCAGCUCAACUCCCAAGCCGGGCCUCCUUCAUACUUCUCGUCACAUAAGCGCCUUCCCACAAAUACCAUUGUGCGGUUUGUACCGCAGCAGACAGCAUGGAUCGUCGAGCGCAUGGGGAAGUUCAACCGUAUACUGGAGCCUGGCCUGGCUAUCUUAGUGCCAAUCAUUGACAGGAUAGCCUACGUCAGGAGCUUGAAAGAGAAUGCCAUCGAGAUCCCUAGUCAGAGUGCCAUUACGGCGGACAAUGUCACGUUGGAGCUUGAUGGUGUGCUGUACACCAGGGUAUUCGAUGCGUACAAGGCGAGCUACGGCGUUGAAGACGCAGAGUAUGCCAUCUCUCAGCUCGCGCAGACAACGAUGCGAUCUGAAAUCGGCCAGCUUUCCCUUGACCACGUCCUGAAAGAGCGCGCCAAUCUAAACGCAAACAUCACCGCCGCCAUCAACGAGGCAGCACAAGACUGGGGUGUCACCUGCCUCCGUUACGAGAUCCGCGACAUCCACGCCCCCGAACCCGUCGUCGAAGCGAUGCACCGCCAAGUCACUGCUGAGCGCUCAAAGCGUGCCGAGAUCCUGGAAUCUGAGGGACAAAGACAGUCUGCCAUCAAUAUUGCCGAGGGAAAGAAACAGUCAGUCAUUCUGGCUUCUGAGGCUUUGAGGGCUGAGCAGAUCAAUCUGGCGAGCGGAGAGGCUGAGGCCAUCUUGCUCAAAGCCACGGCUACUGCGAACGGAAUCGAUGCCGUUGCGCGGGCAAUUGCUGAAGGAGAAGGCGCAGCCCAGAAUGCCAUCUCGCUUUCUGUUGCUGAGAAGUAUGUCGACGCCUUUGGUAACCUGGCUAAGGAGGGUACAAGCGUCAUCGUUCCUGGAAACGUCGGCGAUAUCAGCAGCAUGAUUGCAAGUGCUAUGGCAGUAUAUGGUAACGUGAAUGCUUCACAGGCGAAGAUUGGCGCAGGAAAGAUCACACAAGGCGAAGGCCACGACACACAAGCCAGCAAGAAAAUUGCAGAACUGCAGAGUCGACUGAACGAUGCGGAUGGCAGUUCCAAUCAUGUCCAGAACGAGAUCAAUAAGGUCAUGGACGAGAGGCUCAGCAAAAGAUAG